GGACGCCCUUCUGUGGGCGGCUUCACUGGCUUCAGGAAGAUGGCGGCGCGUCGAGUGGCGGUUUGAAUUCCGAGCCCGCCGCCAAAGUCGGGAGCCGAGCAGCCAGUGCCACCGGCGGAGGAGCCGCAGCCGCCCGCUCUUGUCCCCUCUCCCUCUUGCCCGCCGCCAUGGACUCCCUGCCGGCGGAGGACCCCACCUUGCCUUUGGGCUUCAACGGCAGUGUCAACUUUUCCCAGCUUCCAGAUGUCUCUGGAGAUGAGAUUCGCAUUCGUCUGGGAAGUGGAGGAGGAGGAGGGUUGCCAGAUCUGGCGGAAGACACCGUAUCACCCACGAGAGUGCGGACAAUGAAGGACUUUGAAAACCAAAUCAUCGAGCUGCGGAAAGAGAACUUCAACCUUAAGUUGCGCAUUUAUUUCCUGGAGGAGCGCAUCCAGCAGAAAUUUGAUGGUCCCAUCGAAGACAUCUACCGAAUCAAUAUCGAACUGAAAGUCGAACUGGAAAGCCUGAAACAAGAACUGCAGGAGCGGGAACGGUUGCUUGUCAAGGCAUCGAAGGCAGUGGAAAGCUUGGCUCAAGGCGGCGAUGCCGAGAUCCAGCGCCUGAAGGAGGAAUCUCACAAGAAAGUCCUGGAAGUGGAAGAGAGCUUGACUAGCAGGAUCAAGCUUUUGGAAGAGGAUCUUAAAACGGCGCAGGAGGAAGCGGAGAAGGCCUUUGCGGCAACGGAGCGGGAAAGGGUCCUGCGGAUGGACGCCGAGCAGCAGCUCUCUUUGAUGUCGAACACGCAGCCGAGGGACCGGGAUGUCAUGGCGGCGCUCGAAGAGAAGGACAGGCGUAUAGAGCAGCUGAGCUUGUCUCUGAAAAAUCAAGAAGUCCUGAUCCAGAGCCUGGAAGAGGCCGCAUCCCAGAGGCGGUCGGUGGAGGAGAGAUCAUCAGCAGAAAAAAUCCAAGGCUGUGCAGUGGCUUUGAUGCGAGAGAAAGAGCAGGAACCAGAGGCUCUCAGCCCUGAAUUCAGCAGCGAGAAAGCCGACUUGGAGAAAAAGAUUCAGUCCCUUCAGGAGGAACUUUCCGAACGGGAGACGGAACUUUCUGUCGAGAGGAGAAACGCUCUGAAACGCGACAAAACUAUCCAGGGAUUAACCCUUGCGCUAAAAACCAAGGAAAAUGAGAACGAAGAACUCGGUUCUGAAAUUGAAAGUUUGACUGGUUCGUUGGCCAAAGCCAGAGAGACCAAUCAUAAAGUUCAGAUGCAGAAAUUCAAGGGCGAUGAAGACUCUCACGCCGUCUUGCUGGAGAAAGAGGGCCUCCUGGCCGAUUUGCGGUCCGAAAACCUGACCAAAGACACCGAGAACCGCAAGCUCCAAAGGCGGGUCAAGAGGGCUGAGCAAGAGCUGAUCGAUUUGCGUCUCGAGAGGGAGAAGCUGAUGAAGGAGCUGGAGGAGGCCCAGCUGCAGAGGAGCAGAAGUGACAAGACCAUCAACGAUCUUAGAAACCAGCUGGAGAAAACUCAGGACGAAAUGAUUGAAAAGGAGAAGGCGGUGGAGCGUCGUUUUGGUGUCCUCCUGAGUGAAGGCAAUCAGAAAUUGCAGAGCCAGGAAUUGGCCAUUGCACGCCUCGCAGGCAGCGUCACCCAGAAGGAGGACUUGCUCCAGAAACUUGAAGGAGUGGUUCAAGAAAAGGAUGCAGAGCUUCAGGAAUUGUCUGUGAAGCUUCAAAGCCUUUCAAAAGAUCAAGAAGCUCUUCAGAAGCGGAAUGAAGACUUGGUCCGGGAGAAUUCUGCCGCCUUGGCUCAGCAGCAGGCCACUGCACUGUCCGAAGAGUUGGAGAAAACAAAGGAGUCCGAAUACGCCGACAUGCUCGAAGCCCUCCGGAAAGAGCGUGACAUUUUUUCGUCUCUGAUCAAGUCCUUGAAGGAGGCAGACGGCAUAAAUAACCUGCAGGAGGAGAUGAGUAACAUCCUUGCGUUGCGGAAGCAGCUGGAAGAGGACGUUUUCGCAACCUGGACUUUGCGGAAAGCCCUGGAGGAUCAGAUCAAGGCCAACAAAAGGGAAGAGGAAACGCUGUCGUGCUGGAGCGACCAGACCUCUUACAUGAGCUUUUGCCUCAGAGGACGGGACCAUUUGGACUUGCAGAUCGACCACCUCUCUGUGGAAGAGCUGAAGAAAAAGAUCAUCGAACUCUUCUCUCUGGCGAAGGAGAUGCAUUUGGAGAUCCAAGACCUUCGACGGAAGCAGCUGGACUUCUCCCCGUCAGGUUCUCUGGAAAAGGAGAGCCAGAGGCUGUUAGACAACAGUGAGUUUCUGGAAAGCCCGGAAGCCAGCCGGACUCUGACCGAAGGUUUUGACGAUGAGACAAGCCAGGACACCGAGACAGUCGGCGAGGUAAUUCUGUCAGACUAUCCGGAUAGACAGGCUAGGAAUCUAAAUAAGGAAUCUAAAGAUGAGCUGGCCGACGGUGCAGACGUCCCUGCUGAUGAAUGUGAUGCUCAAGAGGGGCGUUUCGACGGAUCGAGCAGACAGGAAAAAAUGGAAAUUGCAAAUCAGCCCUUGGAUCAUCCAGACGCAACCAAGCGGGACGGUUCGAGCGACAAUGAUCUGGAGAAUAAAGAUGAGAAAGAUCUUAAGCGGUUGAUUAUUCACCUGAGAGCCGAACUCAAAGAGCUUGCCCAAGUCAAUAAAUCCCAGAAGCGGCAACUUGAGUCACAAUCCACUGCGGCUGAAGGCGAAGGGCUCGAUCCCAAACCUGUGCCGCAGGUUAACACAGAGGUGGAAUUGUCCAAAGUGGAAGUCAAAGACACCGCGACACAGACGGCGGUGGCGGAAGGGAGCGUCGGGAGGCUCAGACACGAAGGCGAGAUCGCAACCUGGGGCGAUAAAGCGAAGUCGUCCCGAUUAAACGAAGAACGGCGGCAGAAGAGAGUCUCCACGAAGAGCAAGCAGCAGGAGAACCCCCUACGCUCGAGUAGAACAAACAAAAGCGAUCAUUGCCCCUCGUUCAAGAAAUCCCGCCUGCCCAUCCGACUGAAGCCCUCGAGGUCCUUGGGAAGCCUUUCCUCGGGUUCCUUCCCUCUGAAGCCAGACGUGCGCCUCCAGCAUCGCGUGUUCAACCUGGAUGAAGAUCUGAAAGGGCCGUGCGUCACGCAGCAGCCCCAGCCGCCUUGCGCACGACACCCCAGCGAAGCGGAAAGCUGGACGCAAGAGCUGGAUCGAAUGUUAGCGGGAGCCGAAUCGUUGAUCACGCUGGAUGGCUCCGAAGUGGAUACCUUCAUCAGUACUGAAUGCAAAGAGUCUGAGAAGGAUCCAAGCACAUGCCAAGAAACUGAAAUGACCAAAAUGGAGCCGGAUGUGUCGACUUCGAAAGAGCUCCAUCAAGAGGAAUUCAACCUCUGGAGUAAGCAGGAUGGAGAUAUGGCUACGACUGCAAGCGUGCUCUCCCUCAAGCUGAGUGGCACAACCCUUGAGAUGUUGGACUUCGAUGACGUUGAUGACGUCAAGCAGCUGAGGCAAAGAAUUAAAGAUCUGACGACCGAACUGGCAAAAUACCAUACAUUGAUGACCUGCUUUCCGGUCUCUGCUGAGCCACCCCCUCCCAGCUUUCACUCGAGCGCCGUCCAGAGCCACGAGGAGCUGCCCGCUGACGGUCACCUUCCUCCAACGCUGGAGGGCCAGAAGCCGGAGUCACAAGCUUUCACGGAGGCCCCCCAGCGAGUGGAAUAUGGUGUCCAGGUGGACGAUCUCUCUUCCCGCCUCUUAGAGGAACAGAACGAAGCAAUGGUGGAGAAGCUGAAGGAACUGCUCUCGGAAAACGAGGCCGAACUCGAGAAAGAGCAGAUCGCCAACAUGCACCUCCUGGACAAAGUAUACCGCCUUCAGAAGAAGCUCAAAGAAGUUUCACCGGAGGGGUCCAUCUCCCCGACCUCCUCCCCGGCUCCCGAGGAGGCCUGUCAGCGCCAGAAAAUGCAAGAGCUCCACCACGUCUGCUCCUCCUACCGCCAGCACUUGACCAACCUGGUCCGAUCCUUUGAGGAGCUUCUGCAAACCAGUGACAUUGAUUAUUACGUUGCUGAGGGCUUCCGGGAACAGCUCAACCAAAGCGCCCAGCUGUUUGAGAGGCUGGAACAGCAGUGUCUCUAUGGAGAGUCAAUAGAGGAUGAAAUGACUCAACUUGGUGACCUGGCGCAAAGAUUGUCUGACUUGGAGAUGUCACAAAAACCAUCUUGUCUAGAACCGUCCAGGCACAAAGACGAAGAAGCAACAGCAGCUCAAGUUGAGGAGGAAAAUGUGACUGUUGCACCCAGCCCAUUACACUCAAAGCUCUUAAUGGAGCAUCUCCAAGAAAUCCGAAUGCUGAGGCACCAGCUCGAGGAGUCCAUUGAAACCAACGAGCGUUUGAGGAAACAGCUCGAACAACAGAGGUCAAGCUGUGCACCAGACCAAGGUUCGGCAAGCGUUUGUAACCGCGGCGCGGAGCAACAUCACUCCCUGACUUCUGAAAUUCAUUUCCUGAGAGAGCAAAAUCAGGUCCUGAACGCAAUGCUGGCACAAGGAUCUCGAGACAAACAAAAGGAGAAUGAAAAGUUGCGUGAAUCUCUCUCCAAGAAGCACCUGGUCUUGGAGCAGCUCCGUGCGGACUGUGAGCGGCUCAAGAAGGAGAACGAGACGCUCCAGAAGGAAGUCGGGAAACGGGAGGAAGAAAACGGGCGCCUGACGGACGAGGUUUACAGCGUCCGGAACGAACUGAACAGGUUGCAGAUGGAGCUGAAUGCCAGCAAGUGCCAGCUCUUGGAGAACGACGACUUGCUGCAUUCGCUGCGGCUGGAGCUCAGGGUCUACGAGAAGUUGGAAGACGCAACCAGAAGCCAAGCAGAUCGCCGACGCGACGCAGCCGACGAAUGCCGGAAAGAGCAAAACCAGCCGCUCGACUUGCACGAACUCUUGGCAGAAAUACAGAAUUUGAGAGCGCAGCUUGAGAUGAGCAUCAAGGCGAACAAGACAUUGCACGAGAAACUUCACGAGCGGUCUUUGAGCGGAAAGAGAGGAGUCGGCAGCUCGAGGUCGGCUGUGAAUAUUGGCUCCCUUUUCCAGCAGGAAUCGCAGCAUUACAUGGCGAUAAACGAUUUGAAAUUCCCCAAUGCAGACAGCAAUGUCUUGGAAUUGCAACAGAGGUACGGCGAUUCGAAAGCACCGUUCAAACCAGAUCCGGAGCUGGCCCUGGACGGUUUGGGUGGCUCCUCCGGCUGCUCCUCCUCCUCCAGCAUGUCCCGCGACCCCUCCCCGUCCUCCCGCCAUUGCGUUUGGGCAGACAGAAAUGGGCGCCACGUCCUGGGCCGCUUGGAAGAUCACAACGCGUUGCGGAGGCAGAUCUCGGAAGGGCAGAAGCUGUUGCUGGAGCUGGAGCUCCCCCUGAAAGAAGACCCUGUGCUGCAGGAGCCGGGAGUGACGGCCACGUCUCUGGGCCGGAUGUCGGCCGCCCUGGGUGCCGUCCGGAACAACUUGGAGGAAGCCGCCUGCCUCAUGAAGCUUUACUGGAGAGUCUCCUUGCCCAUGAAGGUGGUCCACAGCGCCGCCUACUCACUCCAGGAUGAAGCCAUGCGAACCGAGUUGCACAAACUCCGUCGGAAGCUGGCCGAGCAGGAAAAGAAGCUGCACAGCACCGUCAAGCGCUUGCACUCCACCAACCAACUGAAAGAAAACAUGGAGAGAGUGAUCAUCGAUCAGUUGGCUUUGACUCACGACGUCUUAAAGAAGGCGCGGGGAAACUUGGAAGUCCAGCCGACCGAAACCAAGCCGCCUGCCUUCAGCCUCAGCCAGACCAGGAUCCUGUGAUGACCACGUCUCCCCUCAAUAAAGGCCUUUUUCUUUCCUGCCGAA